UUUGAUAAUUCUCUGUAUUAUUCUUAAAAUAUUGUAUUCUUUGACCAAUAAUACAAUUAAAAUAAAUAAGUAUUGUUUAUACUAAAUUUAUUUAUAAUUGGCUUAUACAUUUUUUUAAUGAAUUUUUACAAUUAAGUUUCCUUGACAAUUAGAUGUAAAUGUUGAUUUUAUCGACAUUUCAGUUCACUUCGUUUUUUCCCGUGAAAAAUAAACUAUCGUCUUGUGUAAUUAUUAAGAUUUAUUUAAUUAGUUAUUGAUAUGGCAAGUGAAAAAAAUAUUUUUGGUCAAACAAAUGAAUCAAACUUACAUAAGGUCAUACGCAGAGUUGAAGAAAUAUGGAAUCGUCGUUUCAUGCAUUCCAAUUGUGUUUUAAAUAAUACAAAUAAAGGACAAAUAUCAAAAAAGUCAACUAAAGAUGGAAGAAUUAUCUCAAUUAUUAAUAAAAAUAUUUAUCCUAUAAAAAAUUCCAUUAUUCCAAAAAAACGCACAUAUCGAAAAACGAAUAAAAAAGAUAAAAUUAUUCCAGAAAAAUUGAAUAUGAUGCAGCAAAGAGAAUUCGGAACACUUUUUCAGAAUGAAAAAUCUGAAAAAUAUAAAAAUGAAAUUUUAAAUUCAACAGAAAAAAAAAAUAUAGCAAUUUCAAAAGACAAUCCGCUAUUAAUAUCAGCUGAUUUGUUAGAAAAGAAUUUUCAUAAGAAAAAUUUAGAACGCAAAAAAUCCGAAAUAAAUAAACAACUUUUUGAGAUAUCUAAUACUACUGCUCGACCAAAUUUAAAAAGAAAUUCAUCCGAAGAAGAUGAAAAAGUCAUAAAAAAGCCAAAAGUUAGUUCUAAUCCUUUGACCUUAAAUACGCCGAAUGACGUAAAUUUACUUGCUCUGUCCACUAUUGAAGUAAUAAAAGUACCAGAGAAAGAAAAAGAAGUAAUGCAAGAUCAGAACACAAAAUCUCUUGAUCAGUAUAAUGCACCUUCAUUUAAAUCGCCCACAUCAUGGUAUACUUCAGACACAAUUAAUGAGUACAUUAAAAUGAUAGUAAAACGGUCAGAAGGUGAAGUUUAUGCAGUUGUCACUGAUUUUAUUGUAGCGUAUCUUCGAGGAGGUUAUCCAGCUGUAAGAAGAUGGAUAAAAAAAGAUAUUCACACAAUAAAAUUACUUUUUGUGCCCAUGAAUGUAUAUGAGAGUCAUUGGAUAUUGACAGUGGUUAAUAUACCUGAAAAGACUGUGACAUCAUAUGAUAGUCUUAAGUCGUAUAAGGGUCCUUAUCCAAUGGUAUUAAAAAAUUUCUUAAUUGAAUGGGAGAUGGACAAAAAAGGAAAAGCUUCUACAUGGACAUUACAAAUAGGCGAGACAUCUCGCCAAACCAAUGGACAUGAUUGUGGGCCAUUUACUGUUGAGCUGGCAGAAAAAAUGUCUCGAGGAGAUACAACACCAAUAAAUGCAAAUUUUAUGCCUUUUAUAAGAUUAAGACACAAAAAUGAAAUUAUUGCUGGCGAGCUAUUCAAUUAAUAUUUUUAUGAAUGAAAUUUUAUUUUUGUAUUUUAUAUCAAUUUUCUUAAUAUUCACUAUAAAUUGAAAUUUUUAUUUGUAUACCACCAAACAUUUUUUUACUUUUUCUAUGUUUAAUUGUUGUUUUGUUAUUUUAUUUUAAUCUUAUUUUUCUUUGUAACAUUUCAUUUAAGAAAUUCAAAUUUAAUAUAAAUUUAUCUUAACUGAAAUAAUUUAAUGUUCUUGUUAUGUGAAUAUACAAAUAUUAUAAUAUACAGUUAUGGAUACAAUUAAGUUAAAAAGUCAGCCAAUUAUAAAUUUUUA